AAAACAAUACAUCAACAAGCUAGCAUUAUUUGAAUGGCUUCUUUACUAAUCAUCUUUGCUAUUCUUAUCUUCCUCUUACAUUUUCAACACUCAUCAUCAUUCUCUCUCUCGGUUGAAAAACACGAAGAAGAUAUUAUAAUAUCACCAAAAGGCACAUUCACUGCGGGUUUUUAUCCCGUAGGUGAAAAUGCUUAUUCAUUCGCCAUAUGGUUCACUCAAAAACACAAAAACCUCGCCAACGCUACCGUUGUUUGGAUGGCAAAUCGUGACCAACCUGUUAACGGAAAAUGCUCAAGACUUUCCCUUCUCAAAACCGGGAACCUUGUAUUAACUGACGCGGGACAUUUUGAUGUUUGGUCCACAAACACUAACUCAUCCAAACCACUUGAGUUGAUUUUGUACGAUACAGGAAAUCUCGUCCUCAGAGAGCACAACAAAAUUGGUUUCGUUUUGUGGCAAAGCUUUGAUUUUCCAACAGAUACCCUCCUUCCUGAUCAAAGUUUCACAAGGCACAUGAAACUUGUUUCCUCCAAAAGUGGCAACAAAUAUUCCUCGGGCUUUUACAAACUUUUCUUCGAUAACGACAAUCUCUUGCGUCUUCUCUAUGAUGGCCCUCAAGUUUCAAGUAUUUAUUGGCCUAGUCCUUGGCUCGUUAGUUGGGAUGCUAGUAGAUCCUCAAACAACAGUAGCAGGGUGGCAAAACUAGAUGUUUUGGGUAACUUUAGUUCUUCCGAUGAUUUCACUUUAAAGACAAGUGAUUAUGGGACAGUUCUCCAACGAAGAUUGACUCUUGAUUUUGAUGGUAAUGUUCGUGCUUAUAGUCGAAAACAUGGGCAAGAGAAGUGGUUGAUUUCAGGGCAAUUCCACCAACAACCUUUAAAAAUACAUGGAAUUUGUGGACCGAAUAGCUAUUCCAUUAACAAUCCAAAAACCGGAAGAAAGUGUGUGUGUCUUCCUGGUUAUAACAGGAUCAAUAAUCAAGAUUGGUCUCAAGGGUGUAAACCAAGCUUCCAACUUUCAUGCAACAACAAAACAGAAUCAAAGACUCGCUUCCAACGCUUACCCCAUGUUGAUUUUUAUGGAUACGAUUAUUUGCACCAAGCAAAUUUCACCUAUAAACAAUGUAAGCAGUUCUGCUUGCGAAUGUGUGAAUGCAUAGCCUUCCAAUAUCGUUUGGUUAAUGACGAAGGUGUUUUUUAUUGCUAUCCUAAGUCACAAUUGCGAAAUGGGUUCAGUUCACCGAAUUUUCAGGGAUCAAUCUAUUUGCGAUUGCCAAAAAGAGAACAUGUUUCUGUCCAUGCAAAUGUUAUAAAAAAUGGUAGCUUGGUUUGUUCGAGAAAUGAUGGAGUAGAACAACUAAAAAAAUCAUACGUUGAAGACAAAGAAAAUGGAUCAGUGAAGAUUAUCCUUUGGUUUGCGUCUGGCUUAGGGGUAAUUGAGGCGCUAUGUUUUUUUAUGAUAUGGUUCUUCUUAUUUAAGAAUAGCGAGCACUUUGUUAUAGAUAAUCAAGGCUACGUUCUUGCAGGAGCUACAGGAUUUCAAAAAUUCACUUACUCGGAACUAAAACAAGCAACAAAAUGUUUUAGUCAAGAGAUUGGAAAGGGUGCUGGAGGAACUGUGUAUAAGGGUUUAUUAUCUGAUAAUAGAGUUGUGGCUAUAAAGAGAUUGCAUGAAGCAAACAAAGAAGAGAGUGAAUUUCUUGCUGAACUUAGCGUCAUUGGAAGGCUUAACCACAUGAAUUUGAUUGGUAUGUGGGGGUAUUGUGCAGAGGGAAAACACAGAUUGUUAGUUUUUGAGUACAUGGAAAAAGGUUCUUUAACUGAUAAUUUGUCAUCAAAUGCGCUUAAUUGGGGUAAGAGGUACAAAAUUGCUCUCGGAACUGCAAAGUGUCUUGCCUAUUUACAUGAAGAAUGUUUGGAGUGGAUUUUGCAUUGUGACAUAAAGCCGCAAAACAUACUAAUUGACUCCAAUUACCAACCCAAGGUAGCGGAUUUUGGGUUGUCUAAGUUAGUACAAAGGAACAAUUUUGAUAAUUCAAGUUUCUCAAGGAUGAGAGGAACAAGAGGUUACAUGGGACCUGAAUGGAUUUUCAACUUGCCAAUCACUUCCAAGGUAGAUGUUUAUAGCUAUGGAGUUGUGCUGCUAGAGAUGAUUACCGGGAAGAGUGCAAUGACGGGUAUCUUAAUCACAGACGGAGAAAAGACUCAUAAUGAGAGUUUGGUAACAUGGGUGAGAGAGAAAAGAAGGAAUUUAUCAGAAAUGAAAUCUUUGGUGGAACAAAUAGUAGACCCUACAUUGGGAUCAAAUUAUGACAUGGUUAAAUUGGAGACUUUGACAAUGGUUGCUCUAAAGUGUGUUGAGGAAGAGAAAGACAUGAGACCUAACAUGAGUGAAGUUGUUGAAAUGCUUCAAACUCAUGAACAUGAUUCUUCAUGAUAUGCACAAACUAAGAGCCUUCUUUGAUGGUUAUUAGUUUUCAUGUUUAUCUUCCUUAAUUCAAUUCAAAGUCAUGGAUGCAGUUGAGUGUAUGAAGAGUAGAGGUUUGGUUUGGAACAGGUGAAGAAGAAGGAAGAAAAGUGAAGAAUGAAGAAUCUAUAGGUGACAAGUUUGUCAAGGAUCUUUGUACCGAAUUGGAGUCUAAGGGUAGGCAAAAGUAGGAAGCUCAAAAGCAUGUUUCUAAGCGGGAGUUCACAUCAAGGGUCUUAAACUUCAAGUAAAAAAGGCUUGGAGUCCAAGGUCAAGUAGCUGAUGGAUGGCAAGGUCUUGUUGGAGGAUAACGCCGAGGCGGCCAAGAAAACUAUUGUUGAUUUGUAAAGAUAAACCAUGAGUUUACUGCUAAGUCCGCCGUUGAUUUUGUUGCAAGUUUUUAUGCUGCAAUCAACCAGGCCAAGUCCGCCGUUGCAUUUGUUGCAAGUUUUUAUACAAUUACUUUUUGUAUCGAACUUUAUGUCCUUGAUUUGUCUACAUUCAAAUAUACCUUAAAGAUUAAUUCAUGGUACACUGACAAAUAAUAUAAAUGAUUAACAAUGUAACAGACCCGUGCGAUA